AUGCCUCGUUUGACUCAACAUAUUCUUCUACUUUCUGCCGUUCUUCUUAUCCUCCAUGCCAGUUCCGCAAAGGCUGACAUGCAACCUUUCCAUCUGUUUUAUACAGAAUGGGGCUUCAUUUUCGAGCGCAUCAUUCACGACAAUUGCUCAGCAGAGUACGAAAUUUACACUGACGGCAAGAUGCCGAGAUCGAAAUGGCACGAAACAUCUCGCUGGCUCGGGUCUGGUUCUAGCUCGGCCAACGUCGUACCUCUUGCGGAUUGUAUCAUCAACUACUCUCCUGAAUACAUGAAAGCUGGUAUGGCGGCUGCAAACGUCGUCUUGGGCUUGACGCCAGCUAUUCUAAGCUCUCUUGGAUCUAGUGUCGAUGAGACGUCGACACUGUUCAUAUGUGGAAGACGUCCAUUUCUUGCACUAUGUAUUUGCCUCGGUUCCCCUGGCGUUCCACCCCUGCGUCUUUUUGAGCAUCGUCAGUUGUCCCAACCACUAGAGAGACGUCAGGGUCGUCUGAGACUCGAACUUUACUCUUUCGGCACAGAAGCACUCAUCUUGAUCGUUGAGUAUCUCAUCGUUUUUACCAGCAUCGCAAACGUUGCCCAGUUGGGUUACGAAAUGGGCUCAAGAGUCGUAUUAGUAUUCGCACCGCAUCUAUCCUACCUUAUCCUGCUUUGGCUCUUCAUCGGCUCUAGCGCGCACAUCUUUGCGGCAGUGUCACUUAGCCUUAGGGUAAGGAUCGAGCAUGAAGAAUAUGAAGACGACGGUGCUUUUUCUGGGCUCCAAUCAUGGAUAAUCCCAUGGUGGAAGAGAGGCACCACAAAGAUAUUUUUUCUACCAGAGACACUCUUCUACAGUUUCUUUGUCGGAUUUGUCUCGCUACUUAUCGCUGCACAUAUCAUAUUCGGCACACUUGUCUUUUCUAGCGUCCUGUUCAUCUCGGUUCGAGAUUGUAUGCCCCUUAUCGGACGACUCAUGGCUUCGGUCAUUGUUUGCAGAGUCGUGCUGAUGUACGAGAUCGCCAAGAUUCGUCAUCUCUGCUGGGCAGAAGAUCCGCCGUUGUUGAGGUACGAGGAUCCAGAGGAUAAGGUGGAUGAUGUGAGAGAACGGGGUUACGCGAUUACCGACGGGCGACGUGAUGGUUUUUCCUUGGUUCCCAAAUUACGUCGGCUGGCGACGUUCAGCUCUGGAAAUGAACUAUAA